CCGCCCUCGAGGCUAAACUGCUUGGAAGGGUCGUAAGCUUUUCAGCGUGCAGUGAGUUCGUUCGGGAGAAAACUGUUUGCAUACCAAUCUCGUUCCGAGACUGCAUGACCAAAUUGGGGCUACAGAUCUUGAAAGCUCUGGAAUUUAUCUGAAGUGUGUCGCGACGUAUUGUGUGGACAUCUUCUAGUUUGCUAAGUUACUAGAAUCUUCAUUUAAUUUUCUACUGAUUUGAUUGGUGUAGACGUCUCCGUUAAAAACACGCAGAGGUUUCGGACUGAGCUGCGGUUUGAGCUCAUGACAACAGGAGAGGAGAGGAUCCAGAGAGAGAACCUCAACCACACCUGAACGACGAAAAGGUCAUCGACGGUUACCCAUGGGGCUUGGAGAGGCUUCAGCUAGAGGGACAGCCAUGGAGGGCGACUGUCUCAGCUGCAUCAAGUACCUCAUGUUUGUCUUCAACUUCCUGAUCUUUUUGGGGGGCUCCUUCCUCCUGGGGGUGGGGGUCUGGGUGCUGGUGGACCCGACAGGUUUCAGAGAGAUCGUGGCGGCCAACCCCCUGCUUUUCACGGGGGUGUACAUCAUCCUGGCCAUGGGGGGCAUGCUCUUCCUGCUGGGGUUCCUGGGCUGCUGCGGAGCCAUCCGUGAGAACAAGUGUCUGCUGCUGUUUUUCUUCAUGCUCAUCCUUCUCAUCUUCCUGGCAGAGUUGGCGGCUGCCAUCCUCGCCUUCAUAUUCCGGGAGCAUCUGACCAGAGAGUACUUCACCAAGGAGUUGAAGAGGCACUACCAGGGCUACAACAACACAGAUGUGUUCACCUCCACAUGGAACGCCAUUAUGACCACGUUUGACUGCUGCGGGGUAAACAGUCCCGAAGACUUUAAGGAUAGCCUGUUCCGGCUGAUCAACCCUAACGACAUGGUGCCUGCCGCCUGCUGCCAACGCAGCGUCCAGGCUGCAGACGUGGCCUACAUCAGCCAGGAGCAGUGUCUGUCGGGCCACAUGAUGUUCCGGAACAACAAGGGCUGCUACUCUUCAGUGGUUGACUACUUUGAGUUGUACAUCUAUGUGGCUGGAGCACUAGCCAUUGUGGUGCUGACGAUUGAGCUUUUCGCCAUGGUCUUCGCCAUGUGUCUGUUCAGGGGGAUCCAGUAAGUCUACUGCAACACGGAACUUUUUGAAAAGGGAAACCAGGAGAAAAGAAAAAUGAACACUUUGAACACGCUCAAAAUGAACAGCAAAUUUCUCGUUCUCUUUUUAUAUCCGGAAAUUCGAUGGAAAGCAACCUUCAAACAACUCGUACUUCUCAGCUGGAACUUUGAGGUACUGGGUCUCAACCAAGCAUAACCCUUAGAGAAAAACAGAAAUGAGAAAUCAAAUGUAAAGUGAUUUGUGUGUAAAGUUGUGGACCAUGUCUAGCAUGGUCCGUGUGUAAAGUUGACCAGGCAUGAAGGGGACCAUGCAGGUGAAGCCUGACCAGAAGGCACUGCACUGACUUUUGGAUGAAGAAUAUUUAUACUGAGUACAGAAACGUUGGCUGAACUGUAUUGUGUUUUGCGUACACUUGGCUGUUACCCCUUUCCUUUUACUGCCAUCACACCCUCCCUGAACACGUCCUUGUUAAAGCUUCACAUCUCCGAUGCUGUAUUAUAAAACUCCAUGUACAGUAUAGUGUGUCUAUGUGCUUGUGUGCAAGAGAGAGAGAACGAGGGGGAGGGAGAGGGAGAGAGAGUGUUGUGUGAGAAUGUGCCCCCCCCCCCCCCACCCCUUUGUGAUCAUCCCCCAAGCUUGAAAGUCAACUUCUGAUUCUUUUUUAAUUGUUUAUUUGUAUUUGGAUGUUAAUUGCAAUAGUGGUUAUAUGUGGUUUUUUGGUGAAAUGUAUGUGUAUGCAUUUGUACUAGAUUCUUGAAAAAGAAUGACAUAAAAUGGCAUUCAAACUC